AUGCCUCCAAAAGGAAGGAAGACAAGGAGAACAGUGGGAGAAGACACCCCUCAAGCUAAUGUCCAACCUCCACAAGCUGAAUGCCCUAUGAAUGCCCUUCUCGAAGCCUUAAGAGCUAUUCUCGCUCAACAGAUGGAUCCUGCCGCUCGACAAAGUCAUCAUUUUCAAAUCUUUCAUCGGAUCCAAGUGCCUGAGUUUGAGGGUGGACAACAUCCCAUGGUAGCUAAAAGGUGGUUCAGGAAGAUAAAGAAAAAUUUCAACACAAUAGGAACACCUGAGGAAUAUCAAGUUACUUUUGUUGUGCCCAAGUUAGAGGGUGGUGCAGCAGAUUGGUGGGAGACCUUGUCCAGGACAAUGGAAACUGAUGUGAUGACUUGGCGAGAUUUUGAGGAAGUUUUCAGGGAACAAUAUUUUAGUCCAUCUCAGAGGAGGACUCUGAUUGGAGAAUUUAGACCAGUUCCCUGGAUAUUAGUGGUUAGUGGUUUUUCGGAUGUGUUUCCAGAGGAUUUACCAUGGUUACCACCUAAUAGGGAGAUCGAGUUUUGCAUUGAUUUAAUUCCCGGAUCUCAAUCAGUUUCUAUUGUGCCUUAUCGCAUGGCACCUGUAGAGUUGGCUGAAUUGAAAAAACAAUUAGGGGAGUUAAUGGAUAAGGGUUACAUCAGACAUAGUACUUCUCCAUGGGGAGCUCCAGUCUUGUUUGCCAAGAAAGCUAAUGGGACUUUGCGACUUUGUGUCGACUAUAGAAAGUUGAAUCAGAUGACAAUGAAAAACAAAUAUCCUCUACGGAGGAUUGAUGAUUCAUUUGAUCAACUUGGUGGUUCAAAGUUCUUUUCAAAGAUUGAUUUGAUGUCAGGCUACCAUCAAUUGAGGAUUAGGGAAGGAGAUAUCCCUAAGACUUCUUUCACGACACGUAUGGACCCUUUGAGUUUUUGGUAA